AUGAGAUUCCCAGAUGUUAUAUUGGGCACCAGUGCUUUGAACGUGUUAACAGCUAAUGUGCAGCCCAACCGAACACCUGAGACGGACGACAUUUUGCUCAACGAUCCACACAACAAACAAUCCCCUCUGUCAUUCUUAGUAGACACAAUAAAACUGCCACUGGUAUCUGGACUCAGAGAGGCAGAUGAACAACGUUCCUCUGCCGGGGUGAUUUCACAAGGCGAGCACGAUCCAAAGCCAACCGAGGAUGAAGAACUACAAAGAAGGGACGGCUACAUAGUUGGGGAGGAGUACAGCGGCCCUGGAUUCCAACCAGCCGAUCAGGUUAUACUGGAAGAUCCCCCGCUGUUCGCAAUGCAGAACAUUUCCCUCCUACCCCCGCAGGCGAGGAAGCCAAUCAACUUGGCUGUCCGUCAGUUUACUGCCCAAAUGCAAAGAGCCGCGGUGGAGUACUGCACAGCAAACAACUUGAACUGCAGCGAACAGCAUGCUUUAGAGACUGCAAUAUCGGUGGCGCUGAGGACAUCCCCAACGGCGUCGAUGUUUCGACAGAUCUCUGCGUCGCUCAGCGCAAUGGAGGGGGCAAUUACUAGCGCACUUAGGCCCCUAGGCUGGCCUGUAGACCCAAGAUCACCCGAGGCGCCGAAACCUCCACCUAAGCCGCGUGUGCAGAUUACGCAAGCUGUACAAUUUGCCUUCUCUCUUGUAGGGACUGCCGUGGCUCUUUUGCGGAGCUUCAUUCAUAUCACGAAAGGCCCCACGCCACUGAUUACGCUGGAUACGCAGUUGCACGAGCACCACCGCAACAUCCUCUCGAAGUUGUUGUACAGCGGCCGAGAAAUAGAAGGAUGCUCGAUGACUGUGCCGCUUAGGCAUUUGUCCAACUGCAGGAGCUUUGCCAUUGAAGUUCCGGCAAGAACUGACAAAUGCUCAGUGCCCGCCACCACCCAAGCAAAUGCUCCCAGCUCGUUAACGGUGCACGGCUUCGAACUGGCGUGUCUCGCUUCCCUUCGGUGUUCUCAGCACUACACUGCGUAUCAACCGUUCAACCUUGAUGGCAGAUACAUCCUGACGCCGAGUUCCGACGGUGCAGUAUCGUUUGCAAAAACAAUCCCCAGAGCCUUCAGUCAGGAAAACAUACCGGCUGGAGUUCUUCACCUAUACCGAUCUGAGGAAGGCAAGGCCAACAGCGACAUCCUGAAGUAUACUAUUGCUGCAGUCAGCGCUGCGCCGAGCUAA